AUGGACCAGCUUGCUGCAGAGCAUGGUUUUUCAUACGAGAUAAAGACAGCGGACAUCAACGAGAAGGCUAUUCGCGAUCCGAGCCCGGACAAGCUGGUGCGUCUCCUUGCAAGGGCAAAGAAAGAUGCCAUUAUUGAAAAGAUGAAGGCCGCCGGCGAUGAAAUGCGAGGCAUCCUUAUUACGUGCGACCAGGUUGUUGUUCACGAGGAUCGCAUCCUGGAGAAGCCCGGCUCUGUGGAUGAGGUACACGAGUACAUUGAGGGCUACGGCCGCAGCCCCGCCUCCACUGUGGGUGCGGUGCUGGCCACCGACCUGGCCUCUGGGCGGCAGGCCGAGGACGUGGAGAGGGCCUUUGUGCACUUUAGGCCCAUACCGGCAGAUGUGCGGCAGGCGCUGAUUGCGGAGGGCACCGUGUUCUAUUGCGCGGGGGGCCUCAUGAUCGAGCACCCGUUGGUUGAGGCCCACGUGGAGCGAAUGGACGGCAGCAUCUGCAGCGUCAUGGGGCUGCCCAGGCACCUGGUGCUCAGACUGAUGAUGCAGGCGGCAGGAGUGUGA